AUGGCACAAGAUAAACGGAAACCCAUUGCUCCCAGGAAACCAGGCCUGGCUACCUGGGUCAAAGGCGCGGCGGGGGAGAUCCCCGCGCCGCCGGCGCCGCCUCCCCGGCGGCAGCAGCAGGAGAUGGGGUACGCGAGGCUGCCGAGAACGGUGACCAUGGACAGCUCCAGAGCGGGCCUGUGUCCAGGGCGGCCGCCGAGCCGGCCGGGACUGAGGGACUCGGCCGGCUGUUCAAGCCGGAGGACCAGAGAUGGGCAGACUGGGAGGGUGGGAGUAAAGGAUGGAUUUUAAGGCGGGGGCAGUUCCCGGAGACACGCGCUCGGGUUGGAAGGUGGGGUGAAUGCCGGGUCGGCUAGCGCACCUUAUUCUGCACCCUUGCGCCCGCCUCGGGAACUGCACGUGGCACCUCCACCGCCGCCUCCCACUCAGACGAUUACGCGGCCGGGAGGGCUCCCCCGGCGGGCUAGGCUAAUGGUUCGCUCCGCCCCGCCCACACAGAGGCCGCCCACUGACUUUUGCGCGUUUCAGGCCUCCUCUGUGAGACCAGAUACAGAGGAAGGGGGCUUGGCCGCCGCCCUCAGAAUCUCUGAAGUUGUCUUCAGUUCUGACCCAGCGCUCAGACCCAGACCGGGUCCCACCCUCCAACCUGGACUUGCCGCUAGGAAGCCGGCCAGCCUCUGCCUUCGGACCUGGGGAAAAGUCUCAAGCUCCGCUCUCAGACUCUGA